CAAAGAAAGCAUCCAAGUUUCGUGACUGGCUGGAUUGUAGCAGCAUGGAAAUAAAGCCAAAUGCAGUUGCAAUGGAGAUUUUGGCAUAUUUAGCGUACGAGACUGUGGCACAGUUGGUGGACUUGGCCCUUUUGGUUAAGCAGGACAUGGCUCCCAAAGCUGGUGACCCAUUCAGUCAUGCCAUAUCUGCCACCUUCAUACAGUAUCACAACUCUACUGAGCCACAUCUCUUAGGGCAAUCUACAAGCAUGAAGACCAGUCUUGACUCUCCUGAAAACACACCACCUCCUACGCCCACACCCCCAGCAUCAGCAGGACAGCAACAUCUUGGGAAAACCCCGUCAGGACCCCUGGGGAAUGGUGGAAUUGGACAGGACUCUACCAAAUCCAAACAAAGGAAAAGAAAAAAGAGCACUGCAGCCUGUGGUAUAGAGGCUCAAAGCGAUGCCAUCCAGCCCAGCCACAUCAGAGAGGCCAUUCGACGCUAUGGCCACAAGAUUGGCCCCCUUUCCCCAUUCACA